CGGCCCAGAGGAGGCGGCACGGCCGCAGCAGAGCCGGGGCUCAGGGGCACAGCGAGGCUCGGCCGGCGGAGCGGCGCCAUGCGGCGGGCUCGGGCCGCGGGGCUGCCGGCGCUGGCCGCGCUGCUGCUCGUGGCUGCGGUCAGAGCUCAAGUGCAGCAGGAGCCGUUCCUGGAGACCACCGAGGGCACCAGCAUCAGCAUCAAGUGCUCACACGCCAAUAUCCGGACUGGCGAUUUCAUCCAUUUCUACCGUCAGCUGCCGGGCCAAAGCCCCGAACUCGUGGCGGUCACUGCUAAAGCGGCCAAGAAGGUGCGAGCCCCUGAAGGGCGUCUGACGGUGUCGAAAGAUCGUCGCUCCAGCGCGCUGUGGCUGGCUGCGCCCCGGCGCGGGGACGCGGCCGUGUAUUACUGCGCGCUGGGGGCCACGGGCAGAGGAGCCGGGGCUGCGGCCGGGCACGAACCGCCGCGGGCGGGGCCGGGCGGGGCCAGCAGGGGCCGCUGCCGCUCCGCCCGCCGGGCUCCCGGGGCGCGGCUCCGCAGCUCCUUCCUCUGCCCCGAGCCCGCCCGCACCGGCCCCGCACGGCCCCGCACGGCCCCGGCGCGCCGCACAACCCGCCUGCGACCCGCGCUCGCACGCUCGCCACGCACCGCCCGGCCUCCCCUCGCUCCCGAGCCCGCCGCUGCCUCACGCCAAACUGCUGCGGGCUGCGCCUCUGCCGCCGCCUCUCGCCCUCCGGACACGGCUGCUGCUGCUCUCGGCCUGCUUUGCAAAGCCACGAGCUGCUCCUUGACAGCACCUGGGCUGGGAGCUGGCAAAGCAGCUGCGCUGACGGGCACACGGGGGCUAAAUAAUGCAGUGCUGUGGCGUCAAGGGGUCAUGGAUUGAGAGAGGUUUUCAGUGAGGCUUUCUGAGGUGACCGAGGAAUGUCCACCUCUGUCU